GCAUUUUUAACGUAUUUAGGAUUUAAUUCAAUAUUUAACCAGGAUGUAUUGCAAAUUCGUGCGUAUGCCUUAAUGAAUGUCGGAGGAUACGUGUAUACAAUGAUACAAAUGUUUGAAGUAAAGAUUCCAGUUGAAUUUGCAAGGAAAGCAUGUUUAACCCAAAUUGAUUCCAAAAUAUUAGAAAACGAUUUACCACAAUUUAUCUCAUAUACAUGUUUUGCGAUGUUAACCAGCUAUUUAUCGUUCAAAAUAUAUCCUUCAUUUGGUAUAGAGUAUUAUUUUCGAAAGAAAAUUGGUCAAGAUGAAAUCCUCUUGCCAUUAUUGAAAAGGAGACAUAUACUGAAGAUAUUAUUAAAAUUUACCGCUUUCUUUUCAACAGUCCAUUCUAUACUUUUCAUUUAUACUUCAUUAAAAUUCAUCAUGAACAAAAAUUAUUUGUUAGUUUUUGUUAAUUUGGUAUAUUUGUUUGUUUCCGCUUUAUCCAUUAAAUUAACUCAUAUCGCUUUUAUUUCUAUGGAUAAUGAAACUGUACACGAAAUGUUAUAUUUCAUAAAUUUAUGGAUCAUUGUUUUAUUUUAUAACAUUUCUUUAUGCGCUAUUGGAGUCAUGUACAUAUUAGAAAAUGGAUGGUAUUUCUCUUGUUUAUAUACUUUCGUGUAUUUUAGUGUGUCAUUUGCCUCUUUUAUGUGUGCCUGGCAUGUUAAAAAUGAUUUCGGGAAAGGGUUAAAAGAAGCAAAUAUCCAAUCAAUUGUUAUUGAUGAUGAUGAAGGACAACAAUCAUCAUCAUGA